AGUGUUCCAGAUUUCCAGGUUCAGGGGAACUCCUAGCCCCUGUCCAAACGAUGCUAGGUACUAGGUACUGUACGUAACUACGGUACUACGUAGUAGGUACUAGGUACUCUCAAUCCCCCUAGGUUAACUAGUAUAGUCCACCCCACCCACACUACCACUAGCUAGUAAGUACCUACCUAGUACUUACCGUACCUUCUCACCACUUAUAACACUUCGAACCCACACGGAUUCCGAGGAGACAUACCAUACAUACAUAUGUAUGCCACCCACUACCCAACUUCUCUUUAUGAGAAAAAAAACAAAUACCCUUAACUUUACAACUCCAACUCAUUCGACUUUGAAUUAUAUUUCCCCUUAAAGUUCUAUCAAUUUCUUCUAAAAAGGGCUGGUCUCAAGAAUACACAUUAGUCGAAUCCAACUGAUUCAGUUUAUACCUCCACUCGUCAACUUACAUACUAUACUACCGCUACUAAACUUAUAAGAUAUUCCAACCGGCCCACACAUAGCGGGUCUUCUACGAAGUAUUACACCUUCGAUACGAAAGCCGUGAUGUCUUUAGAACAGUCACGCCUCUCAACUGGAUUAGGUGAUACUCGGAGGAAGCCUGCAACUUCUAGAAUUAACAAGGAUUCCAACGAAACCUCGAGGCAUAGCUUUGCAUCAUUCUCAACUUGUGAAGAAGAUUUAUCAGACGUGCUCACCGAUAUGGAGGAUCCGUGCUUGGUAGAAGAGGCCACGGUUAUGGACGCCCGGGAGGUGACUAUCGAGACACCGAAGAUACCGGAGAGGAGUGCCCUCAGGACAUCAAGGUUCCUCGACGAUCUCAAGCUCAACUCGGCCGAGUCGACCGUUGACCCUCACGACAUAUAUCUCUCCUCAGAGGAGGACGCCUCGUCUUCGGCAGAUGACUUCUCCGACUACGACUACGACUCGGACACCGAUGAGCCUCAGAAAUCACCAAUUCGACGCAAGAGCCAAGAGGACACUGCGAGAGCUGUCUCCGUGAUAUUCAUUGGAAAACCUUGUGUAGUGGACUUGACGAGUGGCAGAAGAUCGGCAUCACCUAUCAGGAGGCCACGAACUAGGUCUUCUUCCCCCUCUGUCCGCGCAGAUUCAUUCGAAGGCCGACCUAGCCACCCACCUCGAAAGAGUAGUCUGGCAUCCACCAUAGACAUGCCUAACCGGGACAGCUUAUCGUUCCUCAGCCAAGAUCCCUUCGCUGCUAGCAACUACAAGUUAGAGGGCAAUUCGAAAGAAGCAGCACCGGCCUGCUCUAGCCCCCGAGUCCCCAAAGCCCCGACGGCAGCAUUCCACCGGCUCCAGAAGUCCCUUAGUCUAGUUCGGAGACGAAGCCGCCCGAAUCUGAAGGACCUCAAGGGUACUUGGGCAGCAGGAUCCGCCUCCACUACCAACCUGUCACUCGAUUUAGAUUUGUCACGCACAUCUAGGGAAGAGCCAUUAUCAGCUUCUACUUCGCCACCGCCGACACCAGCAAUCUAUCACACCUUGACCACAUUAAGUCGCAGGAGUUCGACCCCACGAGUACUUACCAAGCAACCUCCAUCGAUACAACCCAUGUCGCCAGGUCCGAUAGGAGCAAAAAGGGGCUUAUUGAGCGGCCUCAACAUAAAUCGACGGCGAAGCUUGCAAAUCAAGUCAUGAACAUUUACACUAUUUACAGCCAUGACUUCAUAUUUUCCAUUUUCCACUCUGUUAAGAAAAGAAAAGUUGGCGUUGAUGAAGCUAUGGGUGGCAUGAAAGGAGUUACAACACAUGGAGUUAUGGUUUGAGGAUGCAUAGUCACUACUGCAAAGGUUGGCGCAUGGGUUAGGAGGUUGAUUUUUUUGUCUUUUUUUUUUUUUUUUUUU